UCUGAACGUUCGGUUCGGAAGAGCAUGGUGGAUUUUUUUCAACGACAGACGGUUUAGAAGACCUUGUUUACAGCUUUUGUUAGGCUUUUCGAAGCGUGCUGCGACUGCAUUUGUCGUGGACUUGAACUUGAACCAACAGCUGUUUUGGGGGAAAAACGACAAAUGGUUCGUUGUUUACGCCAUAUCUGCUUACCAACACCGGUUUACCUGUCAUGGACACACACAUGAUACCGAAGUUCGCCUCGAAGGACGAGGAAAUUGACUACUGGAAGGCACUGUCCGUGAAGUACAAGAAUAGUUACCAGGAGGCGCAGGAGGAGCUGUUGGAGUUCCAGGAGGGCAGCAGGGAGCUGGAGGCCGAGCUGGAGACGCAGCUGGGCCAGGCGGAGAACCGCAUGCGAGACCUGCAGGCCGAGAACCAGCGGCUGCACAACGAGAACGAGUCCCUCAAGGAGAAACUGGAGCACCAGUACUCACAGAGCUACAAGCAGAUCUCCAUGCUGGAGGAUGACUUAGGCCAGACCAGGAGCAUCAAGGAGCAGUUGCACAAGUACGUGAGGGAGCUGGAGCAGUCCAACGAUGACCUGGAGAGAGCCAAGAGGGCCACUAUAGUGUCCCUGGAGGACUUCGAGGGGCGCCUGAACCAGGCCAUCGAGAGGAACGCCUUCCUGGAGAGCGAGCUGGAUGAGAAGGAGUCACUCCUCGUCUCCGUGCAGAGACUGAAAGAUGAGGCCAGAGAUCUGAGGCAGGAGCUGGCGGUGAAGGAGCGUGUGACGGACGUAUGUAGGAAGUCGGCCCCCAGCUCACCCACGCUGGACCACAACGGUGACAAGAUGGACUCCGCCACGCAGGCCUCACUCUCGCUGCCCGCCACGCCACUGGCCAAGAGCCUAGACAACGCCUUCACCACCCAGAAAGCUCCCUCAGUGCUGUCCAAUGGCUGUGCCAGUUCAGCAUUAACGCCCUCUGCCAGAAUCACAGCCCUCAACAUUGUGGGGGACCUCCUUCGGAAAGUUGGGGCCUUGGAAUCCAAGCUGGCGGCUUGCCGUAACUUUGCCCGAGACCAGGCGGCCAGGAAGAACUACGCCACCAACAGCAAUGGCAACCUGGUCAACGGGGACGUCACCAAGUUCUCACACGCACUGCACACCUCAUACUUCGACAAAGCCAGGACGAUGAACGGACUGGAUCCUGGUGCCCUGAGUGUUCUAGCCGCCCCAAACGCCCCAUCGCCAUCAACUCUGGUGCCACUCAGUGUGUGACACACACACACUACGUCACACACACACACACACACACACACGCACACGCACACAGCCCCUCACUUUUAGCCACUCAAGCCAAUGUGUAUACAGGCAAAAAGAAAUCACACUUGCUAUAUAUUUAUCUAAUGGUGAAACGCUGAACACUGCACUACUGGAAUCAGCCAAUUCCCAGUGGCUAAAGCCUGGUUCAGACUCCUCCUUCAGUUGCAGGAUACGUAUUAUCAGCGGCGGGUGGCGGCAGAUCACGUACCCAAACAGCCACCACACCCCCCUCUUUAGAGCUGAAACGACCCCUUGCAGCACUCAACGUAUAUAUCUCUCCCAGACUGAUUGUCCGUAAUCUGCCGCUACCCUCCCGCUGACAGUACGUGUCCUGCAACUGAAGGAGGAGUGUGAACCAGGUUUUAGAAGUACUGUAUCUCCUUAGGCAAAAAAUGGCUCAGUCACUCUGCCCCAGCCGCCACAUCCCCAUCCCGGGUCAAAAGUGCAUUAGUGAGUCCAAACAUAUGGCCAUUGUACAUACGUGUACCUUCUAUAUGUAUUGCUCUACUCGUUUUGUAUGUAUGUAUGUAUACAUCUGUAUCUAUGUAUGUAUGUUUUCAAAGUAAUCUAUAGGAUGUAAUUGUACACAUCGAAAAGUCAUCACUUAAACAUUGGAGGGAAGGAAAGUGACAGUUGGGACAAAAUGGAGGGAAUUGUUGGUUUCAGGUGUGAGGGAACACACUUUGUUACCUUGAAGUAAGGAAAUAGACGAGACGAGAUGGGAGGGAAGGAAGAAAAAAAGAGACAGGAGAGAUGGAGGAGGAGGGAAGUGUGGAAUGAAUUCGGACGUAAAGGAACAAGACGGAGCAAGAGUGCUGAGCUCAGCUCCUCACGUUUCAUUGAAGGAGGCCAGUCACACACACACACACACACACACACACACACACACACACACACACACACACACACACACACACACACACACACACAAACCUUCACCGCAUUCGUGAUGCCGCAGAAAUGAUCAAAUCUAUGCAGUUAUGAAUUACAAUGCGUUUUGAUUAACAAAUUGUCGUGCGCAUGCACACUGCAGCAUCACAAAUGUGGCCAGCGCUUACAGGGUUCUACUUUCUACAGAGACCUUAGAGGGACGAACAACGCCUGGCACCACUUUUAUUAUUUGAAUACAUUUUGAAUAUACAUGUAUGAGCCUCAAUUAUAUGGGGAGGAUGCAGUUUAUAACUCCUCUGAUGCACAUGGACCUUAUUUUAGAGAAUGUAGCGCACAUGGUCUAUGCAUGCAUACACAAACACACACACAGUCACACACUGUAUCGUGCACCCCCCUCUCUCACACACACGUACACUCUUCUGCUGUAGACAGCUACUGUACCUGCACGUAUACAGUAUGCCCUAAUUACAGCCAUCCAUUUUCAGUCUACUGUAUAUGGGCCAGUUGGACUCCCGCUAUUUUCCCCCUUUAUAUUUAUUUAUUUGAGUCCCAAAAAAUACGAGCGUUUUCUUUUAUUCCUGGGUUUUAUUAAUUUAUUGCUGCCUUUUUCCUCCAACUAAGUGAAGGUAUAAUGCUGCCAUGGCAGCAUACCGUUUGUGAUGCUGCACCACUAUUGAAGGAAUUGACAGAAUAAGAGAUGUUUAGGAUAUUUUUUCUUCUAUCGAACACUGUGUAGAAAUUCUGCGGGCCAGUAAAGUGUUCAUCACGGUUUUGACUAACUGACUGAUGUGUGUGAAGGAGGUGACUACAAUAAGGCUCUUGCCCGUCUACCUAUCUCGGAUUCUGAUUAUUUUGUCCUCAAUGGCCAGAUUAUGGUCCUUACAUUUUUUUGUUUUAUUGUUUUGUUUAUUAAUUUGCCUUUAUUUGUGUGUUUUGGGCUCCCGUAGUACACUCUGAAACUUCUGUCACACAGCUCUGUUUGUCAUUGAGGAGAAAAAGGAAAAAAACCCUCCAUUUACUGGUAGAGGUAGUGCUUCCUCGUCAAGAUAUACCUUACAUUUUCUUAUCAAUUUAACUGGAUUCUUUGUUGUUGGUUCACGUUUACAUUUUGACCUAUACAAACAUAAUAAAUUGGAUUCCAGAACUUAAAAACAUGCUUUUAAAAAUGAAUUUUAAAUUUGUUGUUUUAACAGACUUCUAGUGUGUGAUGUCCUUUGCCAUCCAUUGUACAUAUGUUUAUGUUUUUAUAAAUUAUUUUAUGCUUAUUUAAACAUGUGUACAAAGUCAUCCCUUUGUUAAGUGUUAUGAGAUAUUAAAGCUAUUUUGACUUGAA